AUGAAGAAACCUCAUUUACUAAGAACGGUUACGGUUCUAUUCUCUUUAUUCUCACCAUCCGUUCUUGAUCAGUGCCUCAUUACUCACCAUUCUCUUCUUUCAAAACAGUACUCUGAUUCAAUGGAGGAAAAUCAAGCUUUUCCAAAAGUCGAUGUACACUAUAAUGGUGCAAACGAGUUUGUUUUCUCCGAUUUCAUCAAAUAUGUUGAGAAGCUUAUCGAUUUUCAGUGCAAGCAUGUGUAUUUCUAUAUACCUGAAGUGAGAUUGAGUGAGAGGCUCCAAACACUACAAAAUGAAUGUGACUACUUUGAGUUUCUUGAGGUUGCAAAUGCUCAUAGACAUCUGGAUGUGUAUAUUGACCAUAAUAAUGAACCUAUAUUUGAGUGGAUUCAGAAAGAAGAACCAGACGAUGAAGAACUUGUGUAUUCAAAAGAAGAUGUCAACUCUGUUUUGGCAGAUGAUGAGAACUGUGAACAUGAAGAGGAUGGAUUUGUUAUAUCAAGCAAAAGAAUCUUUAAAAGAGCCUAUAAUGAUAAGUUUUUGAACAAGUUAUGUCCAGUAAUUGUUGUAGAUUAA